UAUCCAGAAUUAAAUCAAAUUUGUUGUAAUGGCUCAAUUACUGUCACCAGUUUGCACAGAUACACUGAAAUUCCAAAACCCAGUACAGAAUUUAUUAUGCCCAAGAAGCAGAUUCAGCAUGCUAGGGCGAACCAGUGUGAAUUGGAGCAGCCAUGGUGGAAGAAGGAAGGCUCUAAUUGGUAGAAUUAGGGUUGCGUCUCAGGACACUGCAUCGUACGACGACGUUGCAGAUGAUUAUUAUGCUGUAUUGGGUCUGCUACCAGAUGCCACACCGGAGCAGAUAAAGAAAGCAUAUUACAGUUGCAUGAAAGCUUGCCAUCCAGAUCUCAGUGGUGAUGAUCCCGAGACAACGAAUUUCUGCAUGUUCAUAAACGAGAUUUACGAGGUUCUGAGUGAUCCUGUGCAGAGAAUGGUUUACGAUGAAAUACAUGGAUAUGCUUUGACUGCAAUCAAUCCUUUUUUCGACGAUUCUAGCCCAAAGGAUCAUGUAUUCGUAGACGAAUUUAGCUGCAUAGGUUGCAAGAAUUGUGCCAACGUUUGCUCGAAGGUUUUCGACAUCGAAGAAGACUUUGGACGAGCCAGAGCUUAUAGCCAACCUGGCAUCAUUGACUCGGUUCAACAAGCAGUUGAGAGCUGCCCAGUCGAUUGUAUCCAUUGGACUUCUGCUGCUCAGUUAUCACUGCUCGAAGACGAAAUGAGAAGAGUAGAGAGAGUGAAUGUGGCGUUGAUGCUCUCAGGAAUGGGGUCAGGUGGCGUAGAUGUUUUUCGAAUGGCGAGCAUUCGAUGGCAAAGGAGACAAUCUAAAGUCUUGGAACAAGCUAGAAUGAGAAUGGCGAAGCAGAAGGAUUCAGACAAAACUCCAGCUUCUUGGAGCAACCUUUGGGGUAAUGAAAAAGACUACGCAAAUACAGAGGAACAAGUGAAAGAGAGGGCGGCGAAAGCUGCUGCAGCUGCACGUAGAUGGAGAGAGUAUUCUAGAAGGGGUGUCGACAAGCGUCCCACGUUCAAACUUCCGGAAGCUAUUUCCAACAAGGAUUAAAAAUAUUAAUUUGUCGACGUACAUACGUACAACCUUCCUUUGUAUAUCUAAAUGCCGGUACAUGUCCCCUUUCAUUCAUCGUAUUUACAUUUGUAUAUAACUUUGUAAUAUGCAGACAAUAAGAAAUGCAAUUAUAUAUGCUUCA